GCGGGGCAUAACACUAAGCCCGCGUGCUGAUCUCGCGAGAGCAUUAGGGGGCGGAAGCGCAAUCAGUGAAGGAUGCGGUUCCCGGUUUUGUUCGUGUUACUGAGCGUCGUGGCAGCGGACUUGCUGCUCAGUUCUGCUCCAGUCGCCAGAGCAGGCGCUCCAAAGGAAGUUCAGGCUUCUGCAGGAAGCUCCGGGCAUCACGGCUUGAUCUCUCAGCCACAAGAACUCAGUAACCAAACCUUUCUAAAUCAGACCGACGCGAAAACCGACACUGGCAGUGCCGGAGCCGACCAGGGCCCGGAGAAAACCAACCCUGACAAUUCGACAGACGAGCUGCGCCUCGAGAUAACCGACACCGACAAUUCGGUAGCCAAGCAGGGCUCCAAGAAAACUGACCCUGGCGAUUCGCGAACCGAACACCACCCUGAGAGAGCCGACCCUGGCAAUUCGGGAUCGGUGCAGCGCCCCGCGACAACCUACUCUGAGAAUUCGGGAGCCAAGCAGCACCUGGAGAAAACUGAGCCUGGCGAUUCGGAAACCGAACAGCACCCCGGGAAAGCCAACCCUGGCAAUUCCCCCACAGACCAAUCCAACAAGUUGGUCUCCAGCUCCUCUUCUGAUAACAAGGAGUCCACCAAGCUUCAUGUAAACACAGUAGCUGGCAAACCUCUGCAGACUUCCAGAACUGAACCUGGGGGAAAAGUGUUGGCAGACCCCUCUUCUCCCCAGCAGGAGGGAGAAGGUAAGCCCUUAGAACUAACAGAAGAUGUGGAGCCCAAGGAGACUGAGGAAGGGGAUACAGAGCCAGAGGAAGACGCACCACCCAAAGAAGAGAAAGAAAUGGUUGGCCCUGCCUCCAGGGAGAACCGUGAAGGGACACUUUCGAAUACCUGGAGUAAGAAGGAUGACCUUUAUAAGGAUAACCUUGGAAAUGCCAGUGCAGAGAGCAGCCACUUUUUUGCCUAUCUGGUGACAGCAGCCAUUCUCGUCGCUCUCCUCUAUAUCGCAUACCACAAUAAGCGGAAGAUUAUAGCUUUCGUCCUGGAAGGAAAAAGAUCCAAAGUUACACGGCGGCCAAAGGCCACUGACUACCAACGUUUGGACCAGAAGAUUUGAUUUUUUCUGUUCUUGAGAACCUUGUCCUGCCUGCUGAUUUGUCUCUAAAUCAAGAAUAAUGAAGAGAGAAACACUGUGACCUAAGAGACACCCCCUCCUCCAGGGUUUGGUGGCAAGUCGGGGCUAGCAGAGCUGGGGAAGGGGCAUUGCUUUAGUUUUUGCACCUGCACUUUGGUGACUUUGUCCUCCUGUGUUCCCGUUAUUUAUGCUGGUGUCUUCCAGGCUGUCCCCCUCUGAGUGUGAGUGGAGGAGCAAGCAUGUGGGCACCCAGCUGUGACCAAAGGGAGAUCCUGGCCCUUGGUAGGUGCCCUGCCUGGGGCCUUGGCUUAAAGGUGGUUAGCCCUUGAAAACACCAUUGCACUCAACACUAUUUACCUUCGAGGGCCUAGGAGAAAACUGCAGGUUAAGGCCCAUUGCUCCCAAGGCCUUUUCCUUUGUGGGGAUGUGUACCCCACAAAAGAUAGAGAAGAUGGUAACUGCUGAUGGCCUGAGGGCUCCUGUGAAAACGAUUCUCUUCAAAGUCUCCAGCAGCAAACCAAAACGGGCUUUCUUGCCCUCGAGUCCAGCCUGCCUAGUGCAAGCUCUUCAUGCUCUUCUGACAGUUUCAUAUCACUUAAGACAAAGUGAAUCCAGUUGCAUUUAGUUGUACUGAGCAGAAAACUGAACUUGGGGAUUCUGGGAGGAAAGCUUAAAGCCACUGUUCCCUGUCACAGAUGUUUUAAAAAUAACAGUUAACGAUAUUGAAACACUGUGUUUAUGCCUGCUUACCAUCCUUACAGGAACUUUUUGAAGUAGAGUGAGUUCAUGCUUUGAAAGCAUGUAGGACUGUUUGGUUUGGGUCUGCAUUUUUUUAAAGGACUUUUAAGAAACAGGCUUCCCACAAAUUCUUAUUUUGCCUUUAUUGCCUAAAAUAUUUGUAUUAUAUUUACAAACAGAUUAUACUCCCUUGUUUACCUAAGUCUAGUUAAGGGUCCUCUUAUCUGAUAUAAAAUGGUAAGGCUAAUUAGUAAAAAUUCCCCCCUCUGUCCCAUGUCAGGGGUUAUUAAAGUUUACGAAAUUUAGAGAAUUCCCUGGGGAGUAACCAAGGGUAACCUAGAUAAGACCAUUGUUUGAAGUUUCAUUUAAAUGUGCUACCCUAUUAUAGAGAGCCUAAAGAGAGUUGUUUCUGCAAAGAAGGACCUGAAAGAGAAUAGCUAAUCUCAGGGAAAUUCUAAGAAAGUAGGAAGUGAGAGGAAGAGGGUGAGUUCUGGGCUGUUGAAGAAGUCUGGUGGAAAAAGGGGCCAUAGUGUUUGCCAUGGUAUCUUCCACCUCACUUAAAACAGCCCAUGACUGAGUGGAGAUUUUCAUCCUCUCCAGGUGACAUUUGUAAAGGUGAGGAAUGAAGACUCUUGGCAUCAUCCCCUAAGACCAUGGUUACUUUAUUUCCUUCUCUGUCUCCCUCUUCCCUGCCUUCUUCCUCCCCUCUGAUGUUUUCUACUUCUGCCUGUCUCCACUGGCACCAUUUUCCUUCUAUGUGUGUGCCCAGAUUCUCUGCUCCCAUCCAUCCUGUUUGUGGUCCAUUCUGCUGUUCAUAUCCUCCAGGAAGUAUAGCUUAUAGCUUCCAUUCCCUUGCCAUUCAUCCUCCUCAUAACCUUUACUGUCUUUCUGCCAAGAAUGUUUUCCCAGAGGUUCAGAUCACCAAAUCCAGUGGCUUGUUCUCAAAGCUUAGUCGUGUCCUGAACAGAAUUGAACACCUACACCAUCCAAGUUCAGCCUCCCCUCUGUGGUCUCUGUGCCCUGGCUUCUGAGAACUCCUCUGCCUUCCCUGCGCUGGUGGCGGGGAAUGCCUGCAAAGAUAGGUCUAUCUCUGUGUCUCCUCAGAAAUUUAUUCAUUCUUUAGCCUCUGGAUGAGUGACUGAUGAGUGACUCCCAAGUUUCUAUCUUCGGCCUAGUUCCCAGAGAACCCUGUCCUGCCGUGUGGUGAACAUUUCAGCUUGUCAUCCUGUUGUCACUGAAACAGAAUUUCUCUUCUUCUACACAUUAAGCCGCCCCUCUCAAUUGCCCAGUCUUUUUAAUCAUCUUGAGUCCAAGCUGACAUUUUUAUCUCUUGGCACAAAACUCCUAUCCAUUAAAAAGAAAAAUAUCUCUAGCUACAGUCUUUCUUUCCAAUUUCCUUGCUUCCCUGACCCACACCCCCACCCAUUUCACUAUCCUUCUGGAUCUUUUUUUUUUCCCUCGGAGCCACCUUCAUUGAACUCUUGUCCACUUCGUCUUGUGUGUGUAGAGACCAGAGUGAUCCGAAGCUUCUGUCUUGUGGCUCUGAGAAUCAAGCUCAUGGACCCUGGUGUUUACAGCUCUGCAGGCUGGUGAUGUCCUACACAUCUUUCCCUGCAUCCUUCCGGAGCCUAAGGCCCCUCUUGUCAGGCAACCAUCAGGCCUCGACAUCCUUGCUACAUUCUCCAGUCCCUGGCUUCUGGUGGCUGUUUUUCAGUUAGGGCACACCCCCUUCUCUUCUUUCCUUUGCCUCCCCAAAACCUGUUUUUUCAGGCCCCAGCUCCAGUUUGCCCAUGCACCUUCCUAAUCCCCCACCUCACCUAAUCAGCUCUUUCUGUUUUACUCCAGUAAACAGAAUGUCACUUGCGCAUUUUGGAACUAAAGCAGAGCAUAGCAGUCAGUAUCUGACAUCUCUGUCUGAUCUCCCCAAGAAAAUGAAGCUCCUCGCUGGAGCGCCCAUGGCACCAUCUGCAAAUCUGCCUCACAUGGGGCAGUCCCUGGGGACCUGAGUUCAUUUCUCCUCACAAUGGAGACAUGCUCUUUCUUUAGGACAUCUGGCUGUGACCUGACUGAUGCCUCACACACCGCUUUCCGGCUGCUGGUUGCUUCCCUUAUUGAUGGAUUUUGCUAGAAAGGAGAAGAGCAGAAAGUAAGAUUGGUUUCAGGCACUGAGAGCAGGUUGGCACCAGGUGGACACAUACGUAUUGUGGAGUCCAUGUAGCUUCACUUUUUGAGCCUCUGAGCAGGAUGAUUUCUUGUGUGAAAGAAUACAGUCGAGUUUAAGUUUCACUUUAGAAAUUGCACUGAAAGAAAUCUCCCACACCAAAGGAAAAGUUGUCUUCUGGGUCAUUGUCGUUUUGAAGAUAGACUCUUUGAAUCAUGUUUUCCUAGAGAUUGUGUAGAUGAGGGUGAGCUGGUGGUAGGGGAAGGAUCUCUUUAGCCAGGGGUGGGGCGCGGGGCAGGCAGGAAAGGUGCCCUAUCCAGUCAGCUCUGUGCUUGCUUUGUCGCCCAGUUUUUGGUUGAAGAGUGGUUUCUAUUUGGAGGAAUCUGUGCUUUAGAAUCAUUUGAAGAGUCUACCUAAAAAGGCUAAGUUAACUCAGAAAGACCUGACAACUAGCUCUGUACACUCACAUUUCUUGCCACAUGAUGGCUUUUCGUGAAACUUGUGGUGAUAGACCUCUAAACCUCUCAAAUUCCCAAUAGUGAUUCUCAUUUCCUCCUCCCAUUUCACAUCAUUUAAUUCACAAGCCUGCCCCUCGUUUUGGGAGGGUGACUUGGUAUGGAAUGCUGCUGCAUGUGAGAUGAAAACUGGCAAACCUUGCACAUGUUCUGAAUCAUUUGAGCAGAGAGGAGAGUACACUGUACACCAGACCCUGUACUUCUGCCAGCUAUCUCCUAAACAUUCUGGGUGGGACCAUUGUAUCUGGCUUUGCCUUGUGUAAGAAGGAAACCUGGGGAGAGAUUUCUCAAAUUUAACUAUAUCCAGAACCAAGACUGAAUCUCAGCCCAGUUCCAUGAAGUCACAUGUGGAUUUCCCAAAUACCCCAAUCUUGAAACUCCUCAUAAAGGCAUUGGGUCUGAGCCUUAUCAGGUUUCAAGCUGCCAACAAAGCCAGCUUCCUCACACUCUUUGGUAUUCCUUUAAUUCAGAACUCUUUAAAGUGUUCAAUAAAUGGUUGAUUGCUGAA